AUGUCUGCAUCAUUUACAAAAUCAAACAGACCUGAUCUCUCCACCUCCCCUACCUAUGCCAAUGUCAAAGGCUCGUCUUCCUCCGUCAACAGUUGCAUCUCAUUGAAAAGUUCCAUGUUUGUAACUGUCGCCGAAACGGCAGAGGUAGUCAAAUGGCUUAGUCACCGGAAGAAACGUACGUGUAUGUGCUCGCCGUCAAUGCACCCUGGCUCAUUCCGGUGUAGGCUCCACAAGAACUCUGGCUCGGCAAUUGCUCAAUCACAAAAGAGUCUUUACACGCGAAGAUCGGCCAUGAUGAACUCGCUUGUGAGAAUCCGUGGCAUUGAGGAAGAGCUCGUUAGGAGAGCGCUGGUGGCUCCGAUUAGAUGUCCGUCACAUAAACAACGCAGGCGUUUUGAUUUUCAGCCGCGACCUAGCAGGUUUUCUGUCAUGUCCAGAUAUUAA